GCCGCAUCUCUCCCACCGACACCGAGCAACGGCACCGUUUCACUGCGUUUGAGGGCGAAUCUGCUCUCUGCUCAUCCUACGCUGCACCGCCGACGAGGGAGGCAACAAUGGACUGACGGGACACAAACACACACUGAAAGAGAGAGAGGGAGAGAGAAGGAGAGAGAGAGAGAGAGAGAGAGAGAGAGAGAGAGAGAGAGAGAGAAACGCCGCCUUGUUUUUGAAGCGUGCACAUAUUCUCUGGACAUAAGCUCCUUCGGCUUCGUGUUUGCAGCGCGGGACGCAUUGAGUGACCAGAACGCAUUUGAAAGACAUUCAAAAAAAAAAUAAGAGGAGGGAGAUGCCACGGAAAAGCAGUGAUCGCUGCAGGAUGCUUCCAUACGAGCAGUUAUUGCAGUGCAUCUCCUGUAAGAUGGACGAGACAUAUUGGGGCUAAAAGGAAACUGGCGAGUUACCACGUUGCGCAGGAGAGAGAGAGAGAUGUUUGGCCACAGUGUGCUCGGCGGGAUGAAUGCCUUCCCUGGCGUCGUUUCUGGUAAUAUGUAGCUGGGUUUGACAGAGGAAAGGGAGCGUGUGUGCUGUUUCUUCACAAGCCCCUUUAAAAAAAAAAAAAAAAGAAAAGAAAAAAGAAAAAGGCAUCGCAGCACCGUGGACAACCUUUUCUCCACCUUGAACUUCUCAUGUGAUGCCCCGCUACGGAGUGAGCGCAGCCUCCUGAACUGUCCGUGGUGCUGAACGGCUCCUCGGGUCUCCACGCAGUUGACCUUCUCCUCCUCCAAAAACAACAACAACAACAACAACAACAACAACCCUCCUGCAACACCAACACAGUGAGGUGACAGAGCAGGGCAACCGCACAUGAACAGCUGCUGGGGGUUGACUCGAGUCAGCCGGACGGUAAUUCCUCUUUCAUGGCUGUGGCACGCAAAAUCAAAACUUUGCUGACCGUCAACAUCCUAGUGUUCGUGGGGAUUAUCCUGUUCUCGGUGUACUGCAGGAUCCAGGACCGGUCCGAGGAGCUCAUCCAGAUUGGGCGUAUUUCUGACCAGAGGCUGCGAGCCAGGAAUGGCAAAGUUUCCAACUUGGUGGACAGGCAGUCUAUUCUCCAGAGGCUGGAGAGGCUGGAGGAUGUGGUCUACAAUCAGUUAAACGGUUUAGCGAAGCCCAUGGGGCUGGUGGAGGGACCCGGAGGCCUCGGCCAGGGGGGAGCCGCUGCCACUCUGGGAGAGGACAGCCGCGAUGCUGAGGGGAAGUACGAGGAGUACGGCUACAACGCUCAGCUCAGUGACCGCAUCUCCCUGGACAGGAGCAUCCCCGACUACAGGCCUAAAAAGUGUAAGCAGUUGACGUACCCAGAGGACCUUCCUCAGAUCUCAGUGGUUUUCAUCUUCGUGAACGAAGCACUGUCAGUGAUCCUGCGCUCGGUCCACAGCGUGGUCAACCACACACCGGCUCACCUGCUCAAGGAGAUCAUCCUGGUGGAUGACAACAGUGACAGUG